CUGCUAAAGGAAGAGAAAACUGCUGGUCCUGUCUGGGGCUGUUCUUCUCCUUGUUGUUGAGUUGCUACAGAGCUCCCACCCGGAGCAGAGACACGGAGAAAUCACAGCAUGAAGUGAACUCAGGUGGGUUCUCUUUUUAAACCAAAGAUUAUUUCCAAGUAUGGAAGAGCCAAAGAAUAAUUCUGCAAAGCUGAGCAGAACCAAACAGCCAGUGAAAACAGAAUGGGGAGCCCAUUACAUGGUAUUGACCUACUUCCAAGGAGACACUAAUAGCAUGGUGGAUGAACAUUUCUCUAGAGCUUUGAGUGUCACCAAAAACCCACCGGACCUGAGUAGCGACAACAGUGUCAAGGAUGGCCUUAUUAACAACGAAAACCACCAACCUUCUCACGGGUGGGGUCUUCCACCCCACUGGACCAAGCCCUAUGGUGCAGCCUCCCCUUUGAACCUGUGCGCUUCAGACGAAAACCCAGUUGUUCCCGCGAUGGAUGUCUACCAGCCUUCCAUCCUCCAGGAAGCUUCUCCAGCAACCGCUGAGCUCUGGCCUUCGUCUUCUGGGGGGGGUCCGUGUUUGACCCCAGUUUCGAGGUACCCAACCUCUGACCUGCACAUGGGGCAAGACGGCAUGUUGGAUGAGAAGUAUGUUUCUUUGUUGGGCCUCUUGGAGCAAGAGAGAUGUUCUCGACCCGUCCAAGAUUUGCUUGAUUCCCGAUCGGCUUGUCUUACUGGUUCGGCUGGGUUGCAAAAUAUGAGCCAGAGGUAUCCCUGCUAAUGGCCAAUUGCACUUUUUUU